AUGGCAAAACUUUUGUGUAGCAGUUGCCAGAAUUUUACUGUGAUGAGCAAUGAAGGAGUAUCUUUUUCAAAACUAAAUAGCUCCAACCUGUUAUUAACUACUUGUCAACCAAAGGAUUUGGAUGAUGAUAUGAGUGACAAUAGACUAUUAAAGCUGAAGAUAUUAGAACUUUCAUCAGAAUUACAGAGGAAUAUGAUUUAUUUCAAUCGACGUUUAGGGGCGACUGAAUAUGAACUGGAACAAUGUAAAAAAACAAAUGAAGAUUUGUUAAGCAAACAGAAUUUAGAAAUUCAAUCUUUGCAACAUGAGAAUGAAACAUAUCGUAACCAGAUAUCAGUUUUAGAAAUUGAUUUGGAACAGCAUAAACAAGCCGUUCAACUAAAACAAGAUAAAAUUGAUCAAAUGGAAGCAUAUUUAGCUAAAUUACCAACACUAGAAGAUUAUCAAGAAACUUUAAAUAAGUUUCAAUUCAUUAAAAAUCAAAAUGUAUUAUUAGAAAAUCAUAUUGAAGAAUAUAAAUUAAAUUAA